GCCAUUUUGGCUCACAUGCUUCCCGCCCUCAGUCCAAUCAGGGGGAGCGCAGGUGUGCUGAUGAAGCUGCCAGAUUUGACUCCAGCAGUGGGUGGUCCGGUGCAGCGCUUGACGUGGUCAGAGGGGGUAAAUCCGGUGGUCGGAGACGAAGCCGCUGCUGGGCGCUCUUCAUUCUACCGCCUGCCCGUGUUCUGGCACGCAUCACAGCCGCUCGUGGCCAAAGAGUUGCUUCGGCCCGCUCCUCGCCAGAGCUUGGUUCCCUCCGAACUGACGGCGCUGUUGUUCCCACAGACCACGCAGUACCAGAGCAUGCCACAGGGUCCACGUACGCGCCCCGUGGAAGUUUGGUGCGGCUCCAAUGAAAUAGUUGUGCGCGUGGACCGCUUUCAAUUGCGCGCGUGGCCACAUCCGGCUCUGUACAAUCUGGGCUCGUGUCAGCCCACCAGUGUGACCUCACACUUUCUAUUUUUCCACUACGCACUGACCGACUGUGGGUCUGCAUCGCAGGUGCUUGCCAGUGGUCAGUUGGUGUAUUCUUAUGUGCUUUAUUAUAGUCCACUGCCGCAAGGCUACAUCAUCCGUGAACUACCAUUCAAGCUCCCCAUCCACUGCUAUUACAACAGGUUUCAUUACUCUUACCAAGUUGGCUACGUACCCCAGGUUCAGCACACAACCUUCAUAAAGAGUCUCAGAACUAAACUCCGCUUCAGCCUCACUGUCUGCAAUGCCCAGUGGGAGCCCCUCUCUCCUGGCCACUCUUUUGUCCUGGGGGAGCCGGUGAAUUUUGUUGCCCAGACUGGAAGCCUCUUGCCAGGCGAGAAGCUGUUUGUUGACUCCUGCUAUGUGACGCACUCCAAAAACCCAAACAGCAUGCCCAAAGUGGAUAUCAUCACUAACUACGGCUGUAUGACAGAGAGCCGGAGGGAAGGUAGUUCUUCCUCCUUCUGGUCAAGGAGUGGUAGCAUGCUUAAGUUUUCAAUCAAUGCCUUUCUCUUCAGGGAUGUCUCACAGGUCCUGUACCUUCACUGUUCAAUGUCAGUUGGUGUCACCACUUCCCAUUCAUCAAAGUCUUGUAACUACAACAAAACUUCUGCAAGGUGGGAGGAGCUGGAUGCACCAAUGUCAAUGUGCUCUUGCUGUGAUUCCAUAUGUGGGAAGAUGCAGGACUCUGUGAAGAACACAGUUAUCAGUCCUGGCUGGCUCACUCACCAAAAAAAUGAAGAGGGGUCAAGCAUGAAGGAUUCACCUUUUCAAUCAGAGGAGCAACAAGACUGGGUGGAUCAGAAAGAACUGAGAAAACACAAAGGUCACUUUACAAAAAUAGAAACGUUUUCAUCAGUGACCAAGAUGGAACAUAAGACUUCUGUGUUCCCGGAUAGAGAGGAAGUACUGAGGCCCCGCACAGCAAUUAGCAUGUCUAGUACAAAUAAUCAGGAAUGGAUGGAAGAGGGUCUGCCAACCCUGACUGACAGCCAGAGGACAGAACCAAAACAAGAUGUGUUUGAGAGCAGAGAAGUUGCAUCUUCUGCCUACAAUGGUUCUAUGAGGGGUUCAUUUAGUGACAACAGUACUGUCACUCCAAGAGGUGCUUCUAGAAACACAACCUUUACUGCACAAAACUCCAGCAUUGAUCUUGGUUCUGCUGAAAAAAAUUCCACAGAUUUGAUUGCCAUUGCUGAACUGUGCUCUAACAUCGAUAAGAGUUGCCCACCCAAGGCUGGUAUGAUCAAGGUUGGAAGUAGGAACACAAGUGCAGAGCACACACACCUUAUCCGAACUACUGCAUCUGAUACCACUAGACUGGAGCUAAGUGCUGGAGAACAGUCUGCCAACAGUAAGGCUAAAACAGACUCUCCAGAAUUUGAUGAUGUCAGUGAAUCAUCUGAGAGCAGAUUUUGGUCACAAACUUUAGACACUACUCUCUUUGUGUCUACCGAUAAAUUGAUUGGCAGACAACUGGAAAGGAUACCAGAGCCAGCAGCCUACUAUGCUGACAGUAAAGGACUUGAUGGAGCUGUGCUUCAAGGUCUACAGAUCAAAGAAAUGGAAUCAGACCUAUCUGCUAACUUCAAAGGCCCAACAUGUGUUGAUAAGUCUAAUUCUGGAAUUGAAGAUGAAGUGCUCCAUCAUGGUCAGUUUGCUGUAACAGCCAAGACAAAGAAAGAAGCAGAUGACUACUUUGGUGUCGCUUCAGGUUCUCCAAGUUUUGAAGAAGUGCUUGAUAAUGCUGAUCACUCUGCUGUGAUGAUAGUCACAAGUAAGUGCAUGAAAGCAGGCACAUAUCUGACGAGGAGUGGCCCAUAGGAGAGCAAGGAAUAUGGAAUUGAUUAACUGACCAAGUAUUUGAAUAUGCAAAUCAGAGGGAAAUGGACAUGACAAAUUUAUCAUUUUGCAGUCUCUGUACUUUAGACAUGGACAUUUCCUCUUCUGGGAAAACUAGCAUGACUGACUGUGUCAGAAAUUUGUUGUUAAGAAUGAAACAAAACUACUGUAGUGUCACCUGUUGUGUAAUUCAGGUAAUAAAUUGCAUCAUAAUUCUA